GGUAAUGCAGAACGAAUGACGACUCACAGGAGCUGGGAAUAUAAAAGAAAACGUGUUUCACGUGCUGUAGGGCGAGCGGCAUUCCCCAACUGACUGCAUGCCUGCAAUACGCAUUGUUUUGAUGACAUGUAACAUAAACGGAAUUAUUACUUCUCCAUUCACUCGGACGGUAGCUGAACGGAGCAACCAUGGCCAACGAAAAUGUGAGCGUGAUCUUCAAAGUGUACUGUCUCACGGUGAUGACACUGGUGGCAGCGACCUACACAGUGGCACUGCGGUACACCAGGACCAUUUCAACUGAGGAGCUUUAUUUCUCCACAACUGCAGUGUGCAUCGCCGAGGUCAUUAAGUUAGUGCUGAGCUUGGGGAUGCUCACAAAGGAAAUGGGAAGUCUCGUCAAACUAAAAGCCACCAUACAGGAACACAUCUUCUGCAGCCCUAAAGAACUGCUAAAACUCAGCGUGCCUUCGGUGGUGUAUGCAGUUCAGAAUAAUAUGGCUUUCGUCGCCCUGAGUAAUCUGGAUGCAGCAGUUUAUCAGGUCACCUAUCAGCUGAAGAUCCCGUGCACAGCCUUGUGUACAGUGCUCAUGCUGAACCGCUCUCUCAACCGGCUGCAAUGGUUUUCAGUCUUUAUGCUCUGUGGAGGCGUUUCACUGGUUCAGUGGAAACCCGCGGAGGCCACUAAAGUUCAGAUUGAACAGAAUCCUGUUAUUGGGUUCAUUGCCAUUGCAGUUGCUGUCCUUUGCUCUGGUUUUGCAGGUGUGUACUUUGAGAAAGUGUUGAAGAGCUCAGAGACAUCACUGUGGGUGAGAAACAUUCAGAUGUACCUGUCCGGCAUAGUGAUCACCUUGAUCGGUGUUUACAUGACUGAUGGAGAGAGGGUCAUGGAGAAAGGAUUCUUCUUUGGUUACACACCUUGGGUGUGUUUUGUAGUAUUCCUGGCCAGUGUAGGUGGCCUGUACACAUCAGUGGUUGUGAAGUACACAGAUAACAUCAUGAAAGGCUUUUCUGCUGCAGCUGCAAUUGUCCUCUCAAUGGUGGCAUCUGUAAUCUUGUUUGGACUACAAAUAACUAUGACGUUUGCCUCUGGAGCAUUCCUUGUCUGCAUUUCCAUAUACCUGUAUGGACUUCCAAAGCAAGACACAUCCAGAUUAAUCCGGAAGGAUACAAAUUUAGAAGACAAACAGAAACUAAUUUCUGUGUGAGGUGCUGACUGACAUCAGACAUUUCUAUGCUGGACCAGGAUGGAGGAAGCCUUUCCUCAUUUGAGGUUAGAGUUGGAUCUGCUUUGUGUUGAUGUCAUCAGAUAGAACUGUGAACUGAGUCUCUGAAUACUUUGAAGAAUCUUAGUGUUUUGUUUUUAUAAAAAGUGUGUGGGGGGGGGGGGUUUA